AUGCUGCGUCCCGAGAACGUUUCGAUUAGCAAUAUCGGCUACGACUUGUGCAUCCUCGAUACAGCGCGAAUAAUUACAGUAGUUGGGCUAACUCAUGAAAUGUCAACCGAAAUUCCAAAAUGCGUUCUCGUUUCGAAAAGAUUAAUUAAGUAGGGUUUUAAAACUAAUUAUCAUGCGGCAAAAUUCUAUAGCAAGUCAGUUACCUCAGGGUGCCGGCUUCCGAAAGAACUUCUUAUUGGCUGCAUGCGAAAACUAUAUUCUGUAAAAAAUGACCACUUAAGUAGCAUGUAUUUUUCUUAUGGAUUUUCGAUGCCCCUAAAAAUUCAAUUAUAUUUCAUAGAAAACAUCCAUAAAGAUAUUCUUUCUUUUGCUCAUUUGGUAGAAAAUUAUAUCUUCUUCCAGUUUUUUACUCGAAAGAAAAGUAUAAUUCGGUUUCCAAAAACUUUUCCAAUUCCUGAAUAAUUUUGAUCCCCGAUCUGCCGUUGUAGUUCCAUUCAGGGUUUCCAAACUACAAGUCGUAUAUUUUCCGCGUACAGAAAACCAUGCGCUUCUCUACGGUAUUAAGAGGAGACCAUAUCGAGUCCAUAAAAUUUAACAGUGCAUUUGAGCCAUAUUGUCAACUUUACAAGUCACAUUAGUGAAUGCAGAGAGGUUUUAUGAAAGGUCAUUUCAUGGUAUUAAAAGGUCCCACAAUUAGAUAUUUUUUGAAAACCGAAUUAUACCCUUCCUUCGAGUAUACAAUUGGAAGAAGCGGUAAUUUUCUGUCGAAUGAACAAAAGAAUGAAUAUUUUAUGCAUGUUUUCCAGGAAAUAUAAUGGAAUCUUUAAGAGCAUCUGAAAUCGAUGAGAAGAAUGCAUGCUACAUAAGUAGUCAUUUUUUACAGAGUGUAGUUUUUGCAUGCAGCGGGAAGGAAGUUCAUUCGAAAGCCGGCAUCCCGAGCUAACUAGAUUAUUAUAAGAUGAUUUGUUUUACAACACUAUUUAAUUAAUGUUUUAGAAACGAAAAUUAUUUUUGGAAUUUCGGUUGACAUUUCAUGAGUUAGCCCACCUACUGUAUGAAUGUGGAUCAUGCGUUGCACCGAGGCGAAGGCUCGCACAGCCAGCACCAUUUGCGAUCCAGCGGGGCGCUCUGCUCUCCCGCCGUCCGCAUUGGACAGCCAGGUCAUCUGUGUGGAGUACUUCCGGCCUGUUCGCCUUACCCACACAGAGUCUGCUGAAUCUAGCUGCUCUAUAGCCUCUCUAGAUUCAGUCGCCUGAUUCGGCUUACUUCGUGCAGUCCGUACGUGGAAACGGUGUAAAUAAGUGCAGAAUUGUACGGAAACACGGUUCUAUAAUUGGCAUGAUUAGCAAGUUUUAAAUGUUACACUUACAACCAAAUGUCUCCAGGCGUACAGUCAGACGGGCAGUGUCAAGUUGCGCGGGAAGAAAACGGAAGAUUCAAGCAAAUAGUACGAGAGUUGGAGGAAAACAAAAGGCCAUAAUUUUCCGAGGCAAACAAAAAAUUUUAAAUAUAUGGUAAAAGAUGUCAAAAAAGGGAUAUCAUACGUGGGAACAUACAACCGGUACGGUUAAACGCGGUCGACACGUGCGCCUCACAAUGUCAACUGAACUGAGGACACACAAGUCUUUAGAAAAGGAUGGCUUAUAUCGCUAGUGGAAACUUCAAAUAACUAAAAGUCUCCUCCUCCUCCUCCUCCUCCUUCUCUUCUGAAUCUCGGAACGUUUCAUCUGACGUGCGCAGACUGUCAAACGACAAGAGGCUUUAAGGUUCACGAUCGAACUCCCCGAAUAUACAGUCCGAAGAAAAGUUUAUUUUUUGAUUUGACGUUCACCGAUCGACUCACGAGACCUAUUUUUCCCGCCAUGCCUUGAGACUCAACCUGGAGCCCUUGCAGGCAGUCGCAUGGCGACCAGACAUACAGUCCGUGACCUAUCUCAUGAAAGGUCACGAACUGCGAACUAAAAUCGCUGUGACGCACGAACCACCAACUCCGCAUCCACGAAAGUUAUACUGCGUUAGAUAAAAGUCUGUAGCCAGUAUAUUUUUCAGCACACAAAAACGUCCUCUAAUAAGUUUCCUACUCAAAGAUGACUUUGUCAUGGCGGUUGGCUGAUGGAGGUCGAAUUCUUUCAUCCUUUUUCUAAUUAUGCGCAAAGGAAACAUCGUCAGGUAUUCCCUGCGAAUAGCCUUAUGGGCCAUAUAAUGAUACUUUUCAGUGUUCGACAACUGAACUGUCGUCUUGCUUACUUGUGGGCAGUCUUAGUCCAUCUUGUUUAGCUCUAAUCAAUGUUUUAUUAUUAAUAUUACUCCACAUAAUGACUGGGCUAAUAGUAAAAAUACUAGCUAAUGACUCACGCGGCAACCCUUCGGCUGCCAGUUUUCGUUGCGCUCAAAGUCAACUCCCGGUAAGAAUUACUUUGACAUCUUUGUUUCACGACGUAGCACAGAAAAUUUGCAACAUGUAGCGCGCAGCCUAUAUAUGCGUGCUUAUACCUACUUAUUCCCGAUGUAGUAAAACCAAUAAUGUCGAACAAGCUUAUUAGUGUGGUUAACGACAUAAAAUGUUAAAAGUUUACUAAAUAGAAUUUAUAAAAAACAAAUUGCUUCUUCUUUGACGAAAAGAAUGCGUUUUUACAUAGUUAUUUUGGCUUGAUUUUUAUGAACUAAAAAUCCCAAUUUCCAUUCCCGAAAUGGGUUUCUUUGAUAUUUUUCUUGGCCGUAUGAAUUUUCCUUUAUAACGCAGCGUGCGUAAAUAAGAGGCUCUAAUAGGUGAUAUUUAUAAGCCUAGGAAAUUACGUGGAUAUCCGGAAACGUCAAAUUUUGCCUCGUCUUGACCUGCUUCCCUCAAUAAAACAAACCUAACAUGAAUUCUUCUUUAGAAAAGCGUUUUCUGGAAUUCCAGUCGAUUCUAAAAACAAAACUAACCACACCAAAUCUACACCGUGUUACCAACCCCAAUACCGAUCUCGGCAUUUCAAGAGUUAGGUCAUCUUCUGUACAUGCUAAAGGGCGUUCCUAUAAAGGUGAAAAAAGCUGGGAUGGCCAUUUCUGGCUUAUUAGCCGUCGUCAGCCAACCCUUCCCAACCCUAUGUUUGCGACACCUGAGCCUCGAUCCGAUGUUCUCGGGUCCUCGAACGUUUGUAAGUUCAGUACGGGUUGCUUCACGCACAUCUGGCAGAGGUCAGGGGCAUUUGUGAAAAAUCAGGUCCUCUUGCAACGUCAUACUAGAAAGUCGGAAUAUUUAGGCUUUCAAAACGUUCACAUUUAUGUGCUGUGAGAGGUGUGCACCAGGUACAUUGGCUGAUCUAUCACAUUAAACAUUAACCGGAAUGUGUUUUCGACUAGAAGGGGUUAUUAAUGUAACGUUGGAGCAUUGGUUGCAACGCAACAUAAUCCCCUAGUUUUUCAAUCAUGUCAGGAUGACGGCUUUUGAAUGAUCUCGCCUGCAAAAAACUGGCUGGUCAAAAUUGACUAAGCAAGUGGUAUACAUUUAUCAUAUUGCUCUUCGACGUCCCUAUAAAUUCAAAUUUUUUAUGAAAGAAAUACAUGAGAAUAUUCCCUGUACACUCAUUUGGUAGGAAACUGCGUAUCCUCCCAAUUACUUACUUAACGAAGACGUAUAGAAAAAGUUCGUAAUUAUGCGAUUUUUCAAGACCGUGAAAUGGCCAUUCAUACAUCACAUCUGUCGGUUACUUAUGAAGUAUGAAUAAUUGUCCAUAUCCAUUGUAAAAUUGUAUACAUCCUGUAUGGUUUCAUCUUAACGGGAUGAGAAAGUGUACUACCUUCCUCACAGGGAAAGUACACAGCAUGUGGUUUGGAAACGGCAACUGCAAAUCGAGUUCAACAUUGUUCGAAAAUUGUAAAAAGAUAUUUAAGGCCGGAAGACAUCCCUUUUUCAAGUAUUCAAUCUGAAUAUAACUUAAUUCUUUAUUAAAUAAAUGCAAAAGAUAAUAUUUAGAACAUUGUUUCUUAAAAUCUAUUUAGAUUUAUAAAUAUUUUUAAAAGUAAAUGUGGAAAACACAUACCAGCUAAGCAGUCAUUUUUUGCCGAGUGUAGUUAUUUCAGGCGGCCUGAAAGAAGCUCAGUCAAAAUCUGGCAUUCCGUCGUGAGCGGAAUAUCUUGAGACUAGGCCUCACGAUAAUAUUAUUACUCCACCUAAGUAAUCAGUUCUAGUCGGGAAGUAACUUCAGGAUUUCGGUUAGUAUUUUAUCAGAUAGGCCAGCUAAUGUAUAUGCACAUACUCUAGGAAGUUUAGGACCAAUUGCCAAGAAAAUACGGCAAUAAAGAUGAAUAUAAUGUCAAAUGGUGACUGUAAGUGCAUGAAAAAAGCACUGAUUUCACAAAAAUAUCAGUUUUUGAAUCAAAAAUACACCACGUUCUCGAACACCAAACCUUGUGAAGACGCAAACUCCCACAAAUGCGUUUUAGACAUGCUAUUUCUGUUGGUUUUUUUAGAUUGGCGGAUUUUCUACACACAACUAUCGGAAGCUAACGGAAAACUGCGUCGCGGCUGCCGGUACGUAACUUCGCUAGGCCAGCUUUUCCCCUUCGAUGGAUAAGUUAAGGAGUACAGUCAGUAUUUUUAACGUGCAGAGUAUAGGGAAUGUGUACCUUUGGACAAAUCUCCGAUAAAACCUAAUCUUUUUUCCUCUCGCACUGCUCACCUCUUGUCACAUAUAUAUAAAACCCUUCCUAUUGAAGUCUAAUUUACGUUUACCAGUGAGCAGCCUUCAUCGCAUAUUUGUCUUCUGUAGGAAGUCAGAUCUACAGUUCCUGCAGUCGGUCGCAUAGCAACCAGGAAUCAUUAGUUAAGAAAUAUUGCCGAUAAGGACUAGAGGAAUUGAAAUUACAGUCGUUAUCGGGCAACUAUACCUUAACCCUAGACCAGAAACAUCGGCUGCUUGAGACCGCUAAAUGAGUACUUAUUUGAAUGUCACUGUACGACCCCUUUUGAUGGCCAUGAAUUCAGGGAGCAUUGGCAUUCCGCCCCGGCAUAAUUUCGAGAGGUCAUGCAUAUCGUUCAGCUAUUAUAAUUUGUCUAAGCAAUGUUAAGGAGAGAAUGGUAACUGUGAUAUUCGUAACAAGCAUGGGCAUACAAUUUGCACUUCAUUUUGUCGGAUAGGAAUAGAGUCGUAUUGUGUUCUCUCUAAGGGACAAUUUUAAUUUCUUCAUUAUUUAUUCGGUUACUCUGACAUUCACUUUCGAUGCGUCGCCUGGCAAAUUACCUAAAACGCCAGGGUCAAUUAAAACCACCUAACUGCAUAUUUUGUGUGUCUGAGUUUGUUUUGGUUGAACGAAAUUCUUCAAAAUAUUAGAAAGAAUUUCUUAAAUGUGCUUUCAGGUAAAUAAUAUUGCUUAAACGAAGUUAUUGUGCCGAUUAGCAGACAAUAGAAGCCAAGGCUAUCUCCUGCACAGCAUUACGUUCAUGUUUGAUUUAAAAAUAGUUUCAGCCACUUACAAAAAUUUUACAUACCAAAAAUACUGUCAAGUAGUAAGCAUUUUUGUCCGUCCUUGAUUAUUAUAUAGGUCCAACCAUAGUAUCUACACAUAAUGCGCAAACAUGUUCAUUUUCAAUGCUUGGUUUGCUCCGCAAAACCAGGCAUUUCUGCGUACCAAAUAUUUGGAUAUUAACUUUUUUAUGGAAUUAAUAAAUACUUGGAAGAGCAACCUGCGCUUUAGCUUGUUCCCAAGCUUUGAAAACCGCAUUCCGUUUAUAUACAUAUAAUAUCUACACAUAUGUAUUGGAAGGCAGGCAUCACAAUAAUUUGCAGGUAAACACGUUCUUUGGGAAAAGGAAGUUUAUUGUGCAAAUUUUCGACGCCGGUUCCCCGGGUCGUCGUCAGACGUGUAGAAAGAAUGAAAAGCAGUCAAAAUUUAAACAUGCUUCCUCAGGUGCCUUUCAACGAGCUCAGACACAUUUUUAAUGUUAGGAAAUGUUCGCCAGUUUUUUGGUUUUGGCGCCUAAUCGAAACAAUCUGGCUCCUUGCCUUUUUCUUUCGGUUCUUGUUGUUUCUUGCAUCGGUGUCAAAAGAGAUCAACUGCAAACGCUGCACUUUUUACUUUCGCGCUCGAAAAAGAAGCUGACAGCAAACUCCUAUUUCUUGGCGUCCUCGUCCAGCGAAAAACUGAAGAGACAUUCCACACAUCAGUGUACCUCAAAAAAGUUUAUAUGGAGGUUAUCCUACAGUGAAAGACCAUCCACCCUAUCGCUCACAAACGGAGUGCUGUUAACACCCUACUUAACCGGCAAAGGCAUCAUCCUCUGAGAAAGAAGGAUACAACAUAGAACUUAAUUGUUUGUUCAGCCUAUUUUCCCAUAAUGGCUACCAUAGAGACUUCGUAUCCCGAUGUAUAAGAGGGCAGGAAUCAAAAAAAGGAAAAAAGGAAAUUAUUCCGAUCAGACGCCAAGGCCAAAAAACUGACGAAAACUACCCUACAUCAAAAAUGUGUCUGAACCCGUUGAAAGACACCUGAGGAAGCACCAAAUGCAAGUGGCGUACAAACCGACGACCAAGUUACGCAACCAGUUCGUACUCCCUAAGGACAGGGUUGACUAUUUGGGGAAAAAGUCGUCUAUAAGAUUCCACCUGUCACCUGUAAUGCAGUAUAUUGGAGUCAAACCAAGAAAUCCGCCUCUACAUGACAACAUGAACACCAGAUGGCAGUAAAGAGGCGGGACCACUUAUCCCAAGUCACCAUGCAGACUUUAGGAAUUUGGCACAAAGUUACUUGAGAUAAAACGUGCAUUGUCGGUCUCUGCUCAUAUAAGAAAGACCGAGAAUUUCUGGAGGCCAUUCACUCUGAUGAUUCAUGCAUUAAUCAGCACAUCGAUCUGGACGUCAUGUACACACAUCUCAAAGAAAAGUGGAAAAGAUGAUAACCAAUCAAAACCUGAUGUCAGCCCACAGCAUCGGCCCAUUCGCAGCACCAGCAAAACAAUAUAGAUUUAUCAGGCACGUUUAAAUUUUAAUUUUUUUUCACGCCUUCUACACGUCUAACGACGGCCUGGGGAAUCAAUGUCAGAAAUUUACGAAAUAAAGUUUGUUCAAUUUCCCGAAAGAUUCGUUUUCUUCAAAGUACAUAUAUACACACAUGUUGCGUUAAAAUGCACGCUGUGGAAUUCUCAAGCGACACUUUUAACCUUGCGAGCAGUAGACUAGACAAUUACUUACGAGGGCCUCUCAACAACUGUCAUAAUCUUAAAAGUGCAAAACUUUAAGACAACACGAUUUCUAGCAGACCUUUUUUCUCGCUUGCUCGGCGUCAACCUAAGUACAGUAGUACGAAGACUCGGAUUGCUAAACCCGAGGUGAUGACUAAGCAUCGCCAGGUAGGUGGAAAGUAACUCAUCCAGUCGAUCUGUAGCUCCCUUCUCGCGUCACGAAAUGGUCCCUUGGUGGCAUCAUUGCCUGCUGAUUUAUUCGGUUACAUCAGAUAACGAAAUCUCAAGAUAGGGCUGAAAUGAAGUUACGCCAUCCUCUGUAGGUCCUGUGUAGGUGUAAAAUCCUCGGGAGAAGGAGAUCGGCGGAUGAUGAGAGGGUGCAGGGGGAGGCGGCGUUUGUACUCGCUUGUCUCUCCCGACUGUUUAAACCCGAUUUCUUGUGCUCGCGAGACGUUUCUUUUAAUGGGUACGCGGUUUGGGAGGAUCAUUGAGAGAACGCUUCCGUUAGUGUAAAAGCAUGUGUUGACCUGCUCACCCCAGUUCAAAGACGUUAGGCUCGUAGUUCCUCCUGCAUUCAUUAAAAUCGGUCUUUUUGACGGGUUAUUUGUCGGUCAGUUUGUCCUCGGGUAUUUGCCAACAAGUUUUAUGCAGGGACUGAGGAUUUUCAUUGAGAGCCAUUGUGGUACUAUUUCCACACCGGAUUCCCCAUCCCACUUUCCUAAUCGUUUUGUUACUCAUUUUUUGUAGACAUUGAAAAAGCCUUCAGCGUCGUUUCACGCAACUCCGCCCUUGACGGGAGAUACCGUGGUAGUCGGCAUUUGUGGUUGUGA